CCCCCGAUUGAAACCAUUCUCGUGAGUACCGGACCCAGUUCUCGUCGUCGACGAACCGCAUUCCACGCUCUGUCGGACGCCGUCCACCGUUGCUAGCCCUGGCUGGUUGUUCUCAGGCAAGAAGUAAAGAAGUUUCGAACCCUAGGGCUUUUUUCACUCCCAAAAUCUGUCAUCACCACUGGAGCAGUCAUUCGAUCACAGCACUGGAGGACACCCCAAAAACCUGGACAUUUAGCAGUUGGUGAGAAUGCUGAAGAUCUCUGGAACUCCAACAUCCAGUGUUCAAUUUCCUCAGGGAUAUGUAAAGAAUUCAACUUAUGGCCUGGACAAGCAUAGUUUUUAUGUAUCCUGGCCUUCUUCAGCCUCAAGAAAACCUCAGACUUCCAUUCAUUGUUCUGUUCGAUUCCGUCCUUGCAUUGAUAUACACAAGGGUAAAGUCAAACAAAUUGUUGGAUCAACCCUUCAAGAUUUAAAGGGGGAUGUGUCUAAUCCUGUGACCAAUUUUGAAUCUGAUAAGUCAGCAGCUGAGUAUGCUGAUCUUUAUAGAGAGGAUGGGCUUACUGGUGGUCAUGUAAUUAUGCUCGGAGCAGAUCCUUUAAGCAAAGCUGCUGCCUUAGAGGCAUUACAUGCUUAUCCAGGCAGUCUGCAAGUUGGAGGUGGAAUAAAUUCUGGCAAUUGUUUGAGUUACAUUGACGAAGGAGCAAGCCAUGUCAUUGUCACAUCUUAUGUAUUUAACAAUGGACAAAUGGAUCUCGAGAGGCUCAAAGAUCUUGUACGAGUUGUUGGAAGACAGAGGCUUGUAUUGGAUCUCAGCUGCAGAAAAAAGGAAGGUAAAUAUGCAGUUGUCACUGAUAGAUGGCAGAAAUUUAGUGAUGUGACUCUUGAUGCUGAAAUAUUGCAAUUUCUUGCCAACUUUGCUGAUGAAUUUCUGGUUCAUGGCGUUGAUGUUGAAGGGAAAAAGUUGGGUAUUGAUGAAGAGCUUGUGGCUUUGCUUGGCAAGCAUUCACCGAUUCCUGUCACCUAUGCUGGUGGUGUUAUUGAGAUGGCUGAUUUGGAGAGGAUAAAAAUGGCUGGACUGGAACGCGUGGAUGUUACAGUGGGAAGUGCAUUGGAUAUUUUUGGAGGGAACUUAGCUUAUAAGGAUGUUGUUUCUUGGCAUGCCCAGCAACAUGCCUCAAUGGUUUAGUUGGUAUGGCUUGGAUGUGCUUAAGGGUGAGCUGGGAUUAUGUUUAAUUGAUUAUCUUUAUUUGACUAUUUAUCUAGACAUUUUUCAUGAAUUAAUCUGGAACUUGGAUCCAAACACUCACUAUUUCAUUGGCCUCUGCUCCAGUAUCUGCAUCAGCUGUCACAUGUUCUUGAGAUUUUGUCAUGAUAAUUAUUGGGCAGUUUCGGUUAACAAUAUACCCAACGAUUUAAUUAUUGAUAAAAUACAAUGAUAUUAUGCAGUCCAUGUAAUUGACCCUGUUUAGUGGGAUAAGAUUUGUUUGGAAGAGGCUAAUGCUUUUGCCAA